CAUCCUAGAUUUCUGCCAUCUGCUUACAAGCCUGGCCCAGGGAGGGGGGUCACCCCCAGCCCCUGACAGGGGCAUUGGAAGGACAGGUGGAGCCAGGCAUUGAUUGCAGUAACCUGAUCCUGCGGGGGAGGCGGCCACAGCGGCAGCAGCACAAGGGCCAGGAGGAAGCCGCCUGCAGCCGAGGCUGGGCCGACAAGAGCUGGGGCUGGGGCCGCUGCUGCCUCCUCUCCCGGCCCAUCUAUUUUUAAUGAGCUCCCCAGGCUUCUGCAGCCGGCAGGACUCAAAAAGGCAGGCCCAGGCGGUGGAGGGUGGAGACCCCAGCCUUGCCUUGAGCCCUGGCCCCUCCACCCUUCUGGGCAUGAGAGGGCAGCCCUGGGGCCCGGCAGCCCCCCAGCUGGGCCGGGCUCUCCAUGCAGCUGGUGCUGAAGAUGGAUUCGAGCCCAGACAAUGACAGCUGGUUGGAGGAUCAGUGGGAGCACUGGCUCACCCAUGACAUCAGCUUGGAGGAGUUUGAGGAUGAAGACCUCUCAGAGAUCACUGAUGAGUGUGGCAUCAGCCUGCAGUGCAAAGACACUCUGUCCUUACGGCCCCCGCGCUCCGGGCUGCUGUCUGCGGGCGGCGGCGGCGCGGGGAGCCGGCUGCAGGCCGAGAUGCUGCAGAUGGACCUGAUCGACGCGGCGGGGGACACUCCCGGUGCUGAGGACGACGAGGAGGAGGAGGAGGAGCGCGCGGCGCGACGGCCAGGAGCCGGGCCGCCCGAGGCCGAGCCCGGCCAGGAUGCGGCGCCCCGCGGCCAGGGCCAGGGCCAGGGCCAGGGCCUGGGCAGCGGGGACACGUACCGGCCCAAGCGGCCCACCACGCUCAACCUCUUCCCGCAGGUGCCGCGGUCUCAGGACACACUGAAUAACAAUUCUCUGGGCAAGAAGCACAGUUGGCAGGAUCGGGUGUCUCGAUCAUCCUCACCCCUGAAGACAGGGGAGCAGACACCACCACAUGAACACAUCUGCCUGAGCGAUGAGCUGCCACCCCAGAGCAGCCCUGCCCCCACCAAGGAUCGAGGCACCUCCACCGACAGCCCUUGCCGCCGCAGCGCGGCCACCCAGAUGGCACCUCCAAGUGGCCCCCCUGCUGCCCCACCUGGUGGCCGGGGCCACUCACAUCGAGACCGAAUCCACUACCAGGCAGAUGUGCGGUUAGAGGCCACAGAGGAGAUCUACCUGACCCCUGUGCAGCGGCCACCAGACCCUGCAGAGCCCAACUCUGCCUUCUUGCCGCCCGCCGAGAGCCGGAUGUCGGUCAGCUCCGAUCCAGACCCUGCGGCCUACCCUUCCACUGCCGGGCGGCCACACCCCUCCAUCAGUGAGGAGGAUGAGGGCUUCGACUGCCUGUCAUCCCCAGAGCGGGCUGAGCCACCAGGGGGAGGGUGGCGGGGAAGCCUGGGGGAGCCACCACCACCUCCACGGGCCUCGCUGAGCUCGGACACCAGCGCUCUGUCCUACGACUCGGUCAAGUAUACACUGGUGGUGGACGAGCAUGCGCAGCUGGAGCUGGUGAGCCUGCGGCCAUGCUUCGGAGACUACAGCGAUGAGAGUGACUCGGCCACUGUCUAUGACAACUGUGCCUCCGCCUCCUCGCCCUAUGAGUCGGCCAUCGGAGAGGAAUACGAGGAGGCCCCCCGGCCCCGGCCCCCUGCCUGCCUCUCCGAGGACUCCACACCUGAUGAGCCCGACGUCCACUUCUCCAAGAAGUUCCUGAACGUCUUCAUGAGUGGCCGCUCCCGCUCCUCCAGUGCAGAGUCCUUUGGGCUGUUCUCCUGUGUCAUCAAUGGGGAGGAGCAGGAGCAGACUCACCGGGCCAUAUUCAGGUUUGUGCCUCGACAUGAAGAUGAACUUGAGCUGGAAGUGGAUGACCCUCUGCUGGUGGAGCUACAGGCUGAAGACUACUGGUACGAGGCCUACAACAUGCGCACUGGUGCCCGGGGCGUCUUUCCUGCCUAUUAUGCCAUCGAGGUCACCAAGGAGCCUGAGCACAUGGCAGCCCUGGCCAAAAACAGCGACUGGGUGGACCAGUUCCGGGUGAAGUUCCUGGGCUCAGUCCAGGUUCCCUAUCACAAGGGCAAUGACGUCCUCUGUGCCGCUAUGCAAAAGAUUGCCACCACCCGCCGGCUCACCGUGCACUUUAACCCACCCUCCAGCUGCGUCCUGGAGAUCAGCGUGCGGGGCGUGAAGAUCGGUGUCAAGGCCGAUGACUCCCAGGAGGCCAAGGAGAAUAAAUGUAGCCACUUUUUCCAGUUAAAAAACAUCUCUUUCUGUGGAUACCAUCCAAAGAACAACAAGUACUUUGGGUUCAUCACCAAGCACCCCGCCGACCACCGGUUUGCCUGCCACGUCUUUGUGUCUGAAGACUCCACCAAAGCCCUGGCAGAAUCCGUGGGGAGAGCGUUUCAGCAGUUCUACAAGCAGUUCGUGGAGUACACCUGCCCCACAGAAGACAUCUACCUGGAGUAGCGGCACAGCCCCACUCUCUGCAUCCCCCAGGCCCUCGGGCCAGUGCCAGGACAGCUGGCCAAGGACAGGACGCAGCACCCACCACCACCAGAGGACCUAGAGGACGGGGAAGUGGGGGCUGUUGGCCCAGUGUGGGGAGGGUGGGGUUAUGGGGAGAGGCAGAUGCAGUUUAUUGUAAUAUAUGGGGUUAGAUUAUCUGUAGAGGACGGGGCGGGCUGCCUGGGCAGGGGUUGGGAGGGGCGGGGUUGGCAAGCACCAGGCCUCAGCCAGGGAUGUCCACUCAGAGAGCAGAGAGCUCUGCCCCAUCCCAGGCCUGCCUUCCCCUGCCAGGGGUCUGGCCGUCUGGCUCUUGGCCACCUUGUCGCGAGGAGGCCCACGCCACCUGCAAGUGCCCAGCCUCCCCUGGCCCCCAAGCCCCACUGAAGAGCCCUGAUCUCGGGCUGGGCCCAGCCACCUCCCAAGGACUUUCCAGUAAGGAAAUGGCAGCAGGUGGAGGUGAUGUCCCUGUUCUCAGCUCUGUCAUUUGUGGGGCCUCUGGAUGGCUUCCACCAACCUCAUGGUAUGCUGGCCUGUGGCAGGCUCCGGACCUCAGCAGGGAAGAAGCCGUAGCAGGGCCCCAUCCCGGCAGGGAAAGGGGACUUCCUGACUGGCCCGGGCCAGCCCCAUCUUGGUCCUGUCACCCUGGCCCCAACUAUUAAAGUGCCAUUUCCUGUCUGGA